AUGCAUCGCGACGAUGGUUCGAUUAACGGAAAGCGGCCGCCGAUCGACGCGCCUGAGUCUUUGCCCGCGUGCAAGUUCGCACGUCUGUCGGACGCCCCGGUCGGUGCCAGCCUCACGCCGGGUCCCGCACCGGCCUCCCCUGCGGUUGGGGCCACGAACCCGUUUACAGGGCGCCCCUACAGCGCAUCCUACUACACCCUGCUGGCGGCUCGAGAGCGGAACCCGGUGUUUGCGCAGAAGGCGCUCAUCCAGAAAACCGUCCUUGCCAACCAAGUCACCCUUCUGAUCGGCGAAACCGGGAGCGGGAAGACGACCCAGGUUCCGCACUUCUUGGCCGAGAUGCAGGUCAGCUUUCCCGGGAUGAUCGGCUGCACGCAGCCGCGACGGAUUGCCGCCAUCGCCGUCGCCACGCGCGUCGCCGAGGAGAUGGAUGUGGUUUUGGGCGAGGAAGUCGGCUUUAACGUUCGCUUUCAAUCCCAAAAGUCGGGCCGAACCAAAGUUUUAUACCUCACGGAUGGGAUGCUGCUCCGCGAGACCGCGGCCGAUCGCGAUCUCGCGCGCUAUAGCGUGAUCGUCGUCGACGAGGCCCACGAGCGCACGGUCGACACCGAUGUCGUUCUGGGGCUUUUGAAGCGGCUCUUGAAGCGGCGUCCGGGGUUUCGUGCGGUGGUGAUGUCCGCCACGCUGGAUAUCACGACGAUUCGGGGCUUUUUUCCCGACUCCGCCCUGGUGGAAGUGCGCGGGCGCCGCUUCGCCGUGGAGGUGUCUUACCUCCCAACGGCAAUCAAGGACUACGUCGCGGAGGCGGUGCGGUGCGUCUGUCAGAUUCACCAGGACGAACCGGCGGGGGAUAUUUUGUGUUUUUUGACAAGCGAGGCCGAGAUCGAGCGCGCCGUGGCCGCGACGCGGGCGGCGCUUAGGCCGGAAUCGGGGGAAAUCGUACACCGUGAAUCCUCCUCGCCGAUGGCGGCGGUGGUGUGGCCGCUUUUUGGCUCGCAAAAUCUCCCGGAGCAGCAACGCGUCUUCGGGCCGACCCCUGCGGGGGCGCGCAAAAUCGUCUUCGCCACGAACCUCGCGGAGACGUCCGUCACGAUCGACGGGGUGGUGUACGUCGUGGACAGCGGUUAUCAACGGCAGAGCCUCUACAACGCGCAGGCCCGGGUGGCGUAUUUGGUCCCGGCCGUGAUUAGUCAAGCUUCGGCGGCCCAGCGGAUGGGCCGGGCCGGGCGAACCCGCCCCGGGAAGUGUUAUCGGUUAUAUACCGCCGCCGAUUUUGCCGGGUUUCCCCCGCAAACCCACCCGGAGAUGCGGCGCACAGAUAUUGUCAACACCGUCCUGCUGCUGCUUCAGCUCGGGGUGGGGAACGUGUGCGAGUUUCCUUUUCUCGACGCCCCAUCCCAGGACGCCCUGGGGGACGCCUUUUAUCAGCUGCUUUUCUUCGAGGCCGUGGAUGAGGGGCUGGGGCUGACCCCGUUCGGCGCCCGCAUGGCGGCCUUCCCGGUUGACGCCUGGUUUUCGCGGAUGUUGUUGAAGGCGGAGGCCCACGGCUGCGCCGCCGACGUCGCCGUCGUGGCCGCGAUGCUCGAGGCGGGGAAUAUUUUCCUUCGCGCCCCCGCGGCGGACGACCCUCGCGGCCCUUUCGCCCACCCCGACGGCGACCACGCCACGCUCUUUGGGAUCUUCCACGCCUACCGCCGGCAGUCCUCCGAGGCCGCGGGGUUUUGCCGACGCCACGCCCUACGCCAUUCCGCCCUCCAGCGCGCCAUGCAGAUUUAUCAACAACUCCGCGAUUUUAUGGCACGGAGCCGGAUUUCGGUCUGCUCGACCUACGAUGAGGGGACGCAGACCGUCAACACGGUCGCCCUCCGCCGGGCGAUUUUGGAAGGCUUUUUUACGAACAUCGCCUACCUGCCCCCUCACGCGACCGCCUAUCGCACAGUGCGUGAUGGGCUGACGAUUCAAACCCACCGCCAGUCGAUGUUGAGUAGUAAAAGCCAAAUGCGCCCGGCGUGGAUUAUGUACGACCGACUGGAGGUCCACGGCGAGGACGGUAUGUUUGUCCGCGUCGCCUCCCCGGUAGAGCCGGAAUGGCUUCUCCAGACGAGUGAAUUAUUUUUCUGCUCUGCCGAAAUCAGUAAUGGGGAGGCCGCGUUGGCGCUGAAGAAGCUCGCGGCGCAGAGGGGAGAGGGGAAGGCGAAAACCACCUGA